GGAGGCGCUGGCCGAGAUGGGUCGGACGGGACCGCUGCCGGUGCGCGCUGGCCCGGCCGACCAGAAGACGCCGCCCUCCCGACACUACGUCAUCACGCGCCUCCUGAAGACGGCCACCAACAAGGAGCUCGCUUCAAAGACGCGCGAGCGGGCCAUCGUGGCGUGCGGCGGGGUGUGCGUCGGUGACCCGACGCUGGCCUUCCGGCGCGACAUCGUGCAGCACUUCCUCUCCGUCUCCAGUGAGCUGGACGAGCUGGAGCUGCAGAUGGCCGUGGGCGAGGCGAUGGUGUGUGCCGUGCUGGGCCCUCUGUCAGCCGAGGCGCGCGACCCGUGGCUGGCGGCGGCCGACGACGGCGCCGCGCCGCCGCCCUCCGCCCAGUCCUAUCAGCCAGACGAGCUGCUCACCUGGCUGCUGCGACAGCUGUUGGAGAACCAGCUGACCCAGACCCACCCGAGGGUGCGCCAGUCGGCCGGCGUCUGGCUGCUGGCGCUGGUCAAACACUGCCAGCGCCAGCAGCCGCUCAGGGACAACCUGGCCGUCAUCCAGAACGCCUUCAUGGAGCUGCUGGCUUCGGGCAACGACCUGGUACAGGAGGCGGCCUCAAAGGGACUGGCGCUGGUGUACGACUCUGGCGACGAGCGGCAGCGCGCGCUGCUGGUGGACGGCCUGGUGGGCGCGCUGACCGGCACCGCCGGCCGGCCCAGCACGCAGAAGGUCACCGGCGACACGCGCCUCUUCGGGCAGGGCGAGCUGGGCAAGGAUCCGUCCGGCGGCCAGCUCUCCACGUACAAGGAGCUGUGCUCGCUGGCGUCGGACCUCAACCAGCCCGACCUCAUAUACAAGUUCAUGACGCUGGUGAACCACAACGCCGCCUGGAAUUCGCGCCGCGGCGCCGCCUUCGGCUUCUCGACGAUCGCGUCUCGGGCUGGCGAAGCGCUGACGCCCCACCUGGGCAACAUCGUGCCCAAGCUGUACCGGUACCAGUUCGACCCGAAGCCGCAGGUGCAGCAGACGAUGCGCGCCAUCUGGGCCUCCAUCGUGCCCGACACGAGCAAGACGAUGCAACAGUACCUGCCGCAGAUCAUGGACGAGGUGCUGGCCCGCCUGACGGACAAUCUGUGGCGCGUGCGCGAGUCGUGCUGCGCCGCGCUGGCCGAGCUGCUGUGCGGCGGCGGCGGCAGCGCCUUGGAGCCGGUGCUGCACCGGCUGCCCGAGAUGUGGAGCACGCUGUUCCGCGUGCGCGACGACAUCAAGGAGUCGGUCCGGCUGGCCGCCCAUAAGACGCUGGAGGUGCUCAGCAGGGUGAGCGUGCGGCUGUGCGAGCAGCAGGACGCGCCGAAGCUGAGCCAGCGCGCCAUGGCGCUGGUGCUGCCGGCGCUGCUAGAGACGGGCCUCUCCUCUACCGUGGCUGAGGUCCGCAGCGUCAGCCUGUCGACGGUGAUGAAGCUGGCGCGGACGGCCGGGCCGCAGCUGCGUCCCCACCUGCGCCUGCUGGUGCCCGCCCUGCUGGAGGCGCUCUCGACGCUCGAGUCCAGCGCCGUGCGCCAGGUCAGCGUGGCGUUCGGCCAGCAGGCGGACACCCAGGAGGUGAUCGACCGCGGCCGACUCGGCAUCACCAAAGACUCGGCCAUGUUCAGGACGCUGACGCAGUGCAUCCAGUACGUGGACGCGGCGGAGGCGGCCGAGAUCGUGCCGCGUCUCUCGGAGCUGAUGAAGCGCAACACCGGCCUCGGCACCAAGUGCGGCGUGGCGCUGUUCGCCGCUCGACUCGCCACGGAGCGGCCGCUCGUGCUCCAGCAGACGGCCGGCAAGGUGCUGUCGGCGCUGGUACACGGCAUGCAAGACCGUAACGUGACGGUGCGUCGCUGCUGCGCCUCCGCCUGCGGCAACGUCUGCCGCGCCGCCCGCACCUCCUCCGUGGAGAAGCUGAUCACCAAACUGCGCGCCUGGUACAUGGACGGGGAAGACGAGACGCUGAGGCCGGUGUGCGCGGCGGCGCUGCAGUCACUGAGCCAGCACAGCCCCAGCCAGCUGAAAGAGCACGCCGCCGACGCCGCCAGCCUCGCUUUCUUCGCCAUGCACCGCGAGAAGACGCCCGAGACCGAGUCGGAGGUGGCCCAGUGGGAGGAGGUGUGGGAGGAGCUGGCGCCCGGCACCGAGGGCGGGCUGCGCCUCUACCUGGCAGAGAUCGUGGCGCUGUGUCGCGCCGCGCUGGCCGGCCAGUCGUGGCCGUUCAAGGCGCAGGCGGCGGCAGCGCGCUGCUGGCCCGAGCCGUUGGCCGACGCCGUGCUGCGCGAGGCCGCCCGCGAGCGGCCCGACUACAAGGCGCACGCGCUGGCGGCGGCCGGCCGUGUGCUGCGUGACCUCAGCCUGGACCGGUUCGGGCAACUCUGGGAGCUGGCAGCGCCGUACGUCGAGGGGUCGCAGGCGGGCUCGCCGCGGCCCAGCGGCAGCGGCGGUGACGAGGAGCCGGCUGACAGCGCGGCGCGGCUCCGCCUGCAGGAGGCCGCCUACACGGCGCUCGGCCGCGCCUGGCCCGCUGCGCGGCACACGCAGGAGACGCACUGGGAGCGGUACGUGGGCGCGCUGGCCGCGGCCAUGCCGCGCUCCACGCGUGCCCACCAGCUGGCGAUCGUGACGUCGCUGCGGCCGGUGACGUCACGACUGUGGCUGUUGCACGAGCCGUCGGUGGAGCGGGACCAGCCGCGGCUGACGGAGGCUGUCAACCAGCUGGGCGUGAUUUUGGCGCUUGCGCUGGAGAUGCCGAAGUAUCCAAGCUUGCGUCGGGAAGCAUUGGCUGUGACUCAGGCUGUGCUCAGCGCCCUCCGUGACCUGAAGGAGAAGCUCAACUUCCCGGUGUUGGCGCCGGUCGGCGCCCUGAGCGUGCGUCUGACGCCGGCACUGGAAGCAGCCCGCGCAGACGCGGGCCAUGACAUCCAGGCGUCGGCGGCCGAGGCGACCCGCCUGCUGACCCAGCUGGGUCAGUGACCGACCCGCCCCUGGCCUGGCGAGGUCAGCGGCAGACCCGCCCGCUGAUUCAGUGGGGUCGCUGACUGGCCUGCCCCUGGCCCGGCGAGGUCAGCGACCGACCCGCCUGCUGACCCAGUGGGGGUCGCUGGCUGGCCUGCCCAGUCCGCUGUCGCCCCACGUCGCCAGCGCCUUCCGCGCUGUACCGGAGUGGGCGGAGCGGAGCGCCCUUGGCCGGCCGGCUGGAGGCGGUGCGAGGCUGACCGCAUUCUGGCAUUGUAGGUCAGCGGUGUUGUACGUCAACUGGGCAGGUGUCUAGUUAUUGAGCGCUGGCGUGGGGCGGCAAGUGCCGGAAAAGACCGCUGUUGUUCGUGUUGUGACAUUUGCAUGGAUUGAAGUGCAUCUGUGGAAGCUGGAUUAAUAAAUGGA